AUGUCUACUGAAUCUGCUUUGUCUUACGCUGCCUUGAUUUUGGCCGACUCUGAAAUCGAAAUCUCUUCCGAAAAGUUGUUGACUUUGACUAAUGCUGCCAAUGUUCCAAUUGAAAACAUUUGGGCCGACAUUUUUGCCAAGGCUUUGGACGGUCAAAACUUGAAGGACUUAUUGAUCAACUUCAGCGCUGGUGCUGCUGCUCCAGCUGGUGUCUCCGCUGGUGUCGCUGGUGGUGAAGCCGGUGCUGCUGAAGCUGAAAAGGAAGAAGAAGAAGCUAAAGAAGAAUCCGAUGACGACAUGGGAUUCGGUUUAUUUGAUUAG